AGAUUGUUUCCUUCUAGAAGAAACUAGCUGGAAAAUCUUAAAAUGGAACGCUUUGUAAGGAGAGUUCAGGACAAAAUAGUGGAAACUUUAACUAGUAGUGUAUUCGGAGAAACACGUGCCAGCAAAGAGCCAGACAGAGAAUCUGAGAAGGCAGAGGAAGUGAGUCCGGAACAACAAGAGGAAAGAUCAACUGGUGGAAAUGUGAAAGAAAAUAACGAAGUAUGCGACACUGAAAAUUGCGUUGUAAGGCGAAAUGAUAAUGACAGAGAGAAGCUGUUUGUAGAUUCAGCUGAAGACGAAGUUCCUGACGCCAAUAAUGACAGUAUUGAAGACGGGAAAUGUCAUGUCAAGAGCAGAUCCAUACAUGGAGGUUCUUCCAAACAAAAGCAUAUUUUCUUAGAGGCAGAUAAAAAACUGAUAAAGAUGCACAAAGUUAUACACAAUAAUUCAAAAAUGGAAGAAGAAGAGAAGGAUGCGGCAGAUGAGGAUGAGGUGCAAGAAGAAGAAGAAGAAGAAGA